AUGAUCACCUUCUCCGAUUCGGAGACGUCCACCGACGGCAUGUCCAUUAUAAGUGUGCCGUCGAGCGAGGAGUUUGAGAUAAUCCUCAUGCCUUUCCCCUCGACGUCCACGAGGGCGUCUAGAAACGUUGACUCGCUCGAGGCGAGCAUGGCAUCCCUCGGCCUGGGUGCGCAUGGACCCGAGGAAGGCGGGUCGGCUGGUUCCGUCCCUGCUGCUUCUGGGCCCAGCUCGGUCCGCACGGUCGCCACCACCAUCGGGGCGUCCCUCCGCAGCGGAGGUGAUGGCAACCACGGUGAUGACGAAGCAACCUGGAGCGUGCAGACGCACCGCACCAGAGUGACGACCCUCCCUUCACACACGGCAAGUAUCCUCAGCGCGUCGGAUGCGCGUGAGUCGAUUGACAGCUUCCUAACGGACCCGGAGUUUACGAGCGACAAGGCGAACAAGCUGCGUCUGUGGCAGGCGCUUUGUAUCGAGGCGAUCAAGCUCGAAGAGUCGGACGACACCCUCUCCGACUCUCUCUCCUUCGACAGCUCGAGCGAGUAUCUUACCAACACCACAGUCAGUGACGAAGACUCAGACUGCACGCCGACCGGCUCGCGCUCCGCGACGCCCACUCAGACCCUUCCCCAGCUUCCGACGUCACUCACCGCUGCCGUCCGCCUGUUAAGCACCCGUGGCCACGUCAACAUCCUGCAGUACCUUGAGGUACGCAACGACCCCACCCGCCACACCGAGGACGUCGUGGGCAAGUACGCCGACCUCGUGUACCCCAGCGCGAGCGCGCUGCAGCGCGACAUGCGACGCGACCGUAAGUAUGCCAAGAUCGAUGAUGUCAAGCGCGAGUGGCUCCAGCCGCUCCUGAAGGACUUUGGUUUCCGUCGUCGCCGUGAGAGCCGUGUGUAG